AACUAAUUUCGCAAUUCAAAUAUUUAAUCCAGCUCUGUUCCACUUUGCUAUCGCUGCUAACCCCAAUUGAGAGCUGCCCUUAUCAGAGAGUAUGCAUAAAUACAUAUACAAUUUAAAGCACACACACCUGGAGAACGCCUUGAGAACACAACGAUAACCACCAAGUUCAAGUCGAGGUUUGUGGUUUGCUUCUCUUUUUGUGUUUUCCGAUUUUCCGCCUGUGGGUUUUUCCUCCAAUCGCUCGUAUUUCAGUCGUAAGUGAAACGUUGUUGAGAAUGCCCCAACUGAUCCGUCAGAAUCUGUUGUUGCCGGCGCCGCCAACGGUGACCCUGCACGAUCCGCGGACUCAUCUGCGACGGCUUCCACCUGCCUACAGCAACGCCCAGACCCCCUUCAGUCGAGACAAGGAUUUUGCGCCACAGUUACGAUAUCAGCUGGAGUUGCCACGCAAGCCCAAGCUGCGACCCUGCAAGGUCAUCUUUGUGGGUGACUGUGCCGUGGGCAAAACAGCCAUCGUCAAUCGCUUCUGCUUUGAUAAGUUCCAGUGCAACUAUAAAGCAACAAUUGGCGUCGACUUUGAGCUGGAGAACUUUAACAUUUUGGGUCACAAUUUCAGUCUGGAAAUGUGGGACACAGCUGGCCAGGAGCGGUUCAAGUGCAUAGCGGGCGCCUACUAUCGCAACGCUAGUGUCAUUGUAGCCACCUAUGAUAUGUCCAAGCGGGAGACUCUGGACUCCGCCAAAAAGUGGCUUUCCAGCGCAUUAAACUACAACACUGCGCAAAAACCCAUAAUAUUUCUAGUGGGCACAAAAUCAGAUCUCUUGACAAAAGAGGAAUUUAUGAGAAUGGAGCGUAUUGCUGGCGUUGCAGCUGCAGAAUUAGGGGCUGAAUAUUGGUCGUUAUCAGCGCGUUCGGGUUUUAAAAUCACAGAGUUUUUUCAACGCUUAGCAGCACUGGCUUUUGAAAAGGCCGCGCAGCAGCAGCUAAAAACAUUUAAGAGUACAACACAGGAGCAGACAAAACAAACAUCGGAAAAGUCGCAAAGAUUUGAUUUACGCAGUUAUUUUAGCAGUCGCUCUGGCAAGCAGAAAAGUGGAUGUGCUUGUUGACAGUCUUUUUUAAUGGAUUUUGACUAAUAUGAACAUUUAUUUUAAAAUU